AUGAAGAAAGAAUCCGCCGCCGCACUGCAUUCCGUCGUUGACGAGUAUGAGCGCCACACCAAAACCCUCCGCCAACUUGGUGAGCCAAUCGACUCGUGGAGCACUAUGUUGGAGCAUCUUCUAUGCCUCCGACUCGACGACUCUACACAAAAAGCUUGGGAAGACUUCGCUACAACCACCGACAACCCCGACUAUGCUUGUCUUAUCGAGUUCCUCCAACGUCGCAUCAGGGUGCUGGAAUCCAUGUCUGUGAACCACCAAGCACAGCCAGCAUCGAAUCACCAACCACCAAUGUUUCGUCGUCAAUCGUUCCACAAAACCGUUUCCCAUGCUGUAACCGAAGCCACCCUUCGAAAAUGCCACUCCUGCGAUCAACAUCACCCACUCUUCCAAUGCCCGAAAUUCGAGAAAAUGUCCACUGCCGAACGACUGCAAGUUGUGAAUGAACAUCAUCUCUGCCACAAUUGUUUUCGCCAAGACCACCUCGCUCGCAAUUGUCAGUCGAAAUUCUCCUGUCGUCACUGCAAAAAACGACACCAUUCAUUGCUCCACCCCGGCUACCACCCACUCAACGCCGAUCAAUCGUCUACCUCGUCUAACACAGCAUCAUGCUCAACGAAGCCCAUCACGAAGCAGGUAGCCAUAACAAACAACAGCAAACGAUCACCCACAUCCACGAAUGCUGUCACUACUCAGACAACCAAUUCGUCCCAAACAUCAAACGCGAAUGUUUUGUUGUCGACGGUCGUGUUGAUGGUAAUUGAUUGCAAUGGGCAAGCGCAUCCCGCCAGAGCAUUAUUGGAUAAUGGCUCGCAAUCCAAUAUUAUCAGCGAUCGGCUAUGCCAACUUCUACGACUGAAGCGGAAAAAGAUCAGCAUCCCUGUGUUCGGUGUCGGUGAGUCCUCCUCCAACGUGAACCACUCCGUCAGUGCCACCAUCCGAUCGCGAACCUCGAACUUCGAAAUCGGAUUAGAUUUUCUGGUCAUGCCCCGUAUUACGAUGGACUUGCCUGUGGUUUCCUCUUCUGCCGAUGACUGGCAUGCCCCCAAAGAUCUGUCCCUAGCCGACCCCACCUUCAACAAGACCGGCGCUAUCGAUAUGCUACUCGGAGCCGAGCACUUUUUCACCUACAUUAACCCUGGUACCCGAGUCGAAGAAGGUGAAAAUCCCGUCCUUGUCGAAAGCGUUUUCGGUUGGAUUGUAACCGGUAGAAACCAAAAGCCCAUCACAUUGCCCCCCGUAGCUUGCCACGUCUCACUUUCCGAUCCCCUCCAGGAAGCACUGGAACGCUUUUGGCGCAUCGAAGAAGUGGAAAAUCAACCAAGCUACUCCGUGGAAGAACAGCAGUGUGAAUCUCACUAUUCCUCCCACGUUUCCCGCACUCCCGAGGGGAGAUAUGUGGUCCGUCUGCCUCGCCAUCCGAACUUCGACCACAUGCUUGGUGAAUCUAAAUCCGCGGCCCUUCGUCGUUUUCAUUGCCUUGAGAAACGACUGAGCAGAGAGCCGCAUCUGAAAGAAGAAUACCACACCUUCCUGGAAGAGUAUCUUCUACUUGGCCACAUGAGACUUGUCCCACCAAGCGAACCAGAACCGCAACAGGUCCACUACUUACCUCACCAUGCUGUCCUAAAAGAGGCCAGUACUACCACGAAAGUCCGUGUGGUAUUUGAUGGAUCAGCCAAAACGUCCACAGGAUAUUCCCUCAACGACGCCCUCCAUGUUGGUCCGAUCGUUCAGGACGAAUUACUGACCCUCGUUCUCCGUUUCCGGAAAUAUCCCGUUGCCCUAGUAGCGGACAUUGCAAAAAUGUACCGGCAAGUUUUACUUCACCCUGACGAUACCCCACUGCAACGGAUUCUCUGGAGAUUUGAUCCAAACGACCCCAUCGAUACCUAUGAGUUGGCCACGGUUACUUACGGGCUGGCGCCAUCGUCAUUCCUGGCCACCCGUACCUUGCAGCAGCUGGCUACGGACGAGGGAGAUGCCUACCCACUUGGUAGACCGGCGCUCAAGAAGGGAUUUUACGUGGACGACUACAUAGGGGGAGCAAACACAGAGGAAGAGGCAAUUCAAACCCGAGAGGAACUGGACGAGCUGCUAGCCAAAGGCGGAUUCCAACUGCGAAAGUGGACAUCGAACAACCCAAAUGUGCUGGAGGGACUGGAUCCGUCACAAAUUGGAACUCAGCCAACCCUAAAGUUCGACAACAACGAAUGUACCAAGGCGCUGGGAGUGAGCUGGGAACCCGGAACUGAUCAGCUGCGCUUUGACUCCACUCCUGAUGUCAGCAGCGGCCCACCCACGAAAAGAUCAAUUCUGUCAGCAGUAUCCAAGCAUUUCGAUCCACUGGGGCUUACUGCACCUGUCAUCAUACGGGCAAAAAUCCUACUACAGGAGCUCUGGCUGCAACCCUGCGGCUGGGACGAGGAAGUUUCCGAUGCCAUACGAGCGAAGUGGGACAGCUACCGUAGCGAAUUGCCUAGAAUAUCCUCCUACCGAACUGACCGUUAUGCCCUCCUACCGAAUUCCUCCGUCCAAUUGCAUACGUUUGCAGAUGCAUCCCAGCAAGCAUACGGCGCUUGCAUAUAUGCUAGAUCAACCGACACCGAGGGCAGAACUAAGGUUCAACUAAUCGCUUCGAAAUCGAGGGUAGCACCGCUAAAACGAAUCUCUCUCCCGCGACUGGAAUUGUCUGCUGCCGUCAUCGCUGCACGAUUGCACCAAAAGGUUGUCGUUGCACUCGAUAUGCCAAUCUCCGAAUCGCAUUUCUGGUCUGAUUCUACCGUCACUCUGGAAUGGCUGCGUUCACCCCCGUACACCUGGAACACCUUCGUUGCGAACAGGGUCUCGGAAAUACAAAACACCACCCAGGGAUCUCGUUGGCAUCACGUCGCCGGUAAACACAAUCCUGCGGACCUUAUCACCAGAGGGAUGAAGGUGGACGACUUUCUCGGCAGUGAACUGUGGCAUCGUGGACCAUCCUGGCUCGAACAACCUGAAACUGAGUGGCCUGUAACAGCGAAGCAGCAGAAUACACCUGAAGAUGUCCUAGAUCGGCGAAAGAUGGUGGCGGCGAUCCAAAACAAACCCGAAGCGAACCUAAUCUUCAGCACGUCAUCCUCCUACAAUCGUUUGACUCGAGUGACAGCAUAUUGUCUUCGCUUCAUCAACGCCUGUCGUCGCAAAACGUCAACGUCGUCACAACCCGAGUUGGAAUCGAUUACAAAAUCGAUCACUGUGGAUGAAAUGUCGAUAGCCCGAAUGCGUCUGAUAAAAUUAGCCCAAGCCGAUGCAUUCACAGAGGAGAUAAGGUACUUGGGGAAGGGGAAAUCAGUACCCAAACACUCAACUUUGCGCCUUUUGAGUCCUUUUGUUGACCCGGAUGGAAUCCUGAGAGUCGGUGGUAGAUUGCGCCUCUCCGAGCAGCCUUACUUGUCCAAACAUCCCAUCCUCCUUCCCAGUUCCCAUCCACUUACACGGUUAGUUGCCAAACAUUACCACCUGAGACUAUUCCACGGUGGCGGCCGUGUGACUCUAGCAGCCAUCCGUCAAGAAUAUUGGCCCAUACAAGGUCGACGAGUAGUCAACAGCGUCAUGCGAAACUGUUUCCGAUGCGCUCGUGCCUCGCCCGUUCCCGCCAGGCAGCAGAUUGGUCAGCUGCCCAUGCAGAGAAUCACUCCAAGUCGUCCGUUCUCCGUCACCGGCAUUGACUACGCCGGACCAGUAUACAUCAGAGCGAUCCACAAACGAGCAUCUCCAACCAAGGCCUACAUUAGCGUGUUUGUCUGCUUCGCCACAAAAGCAGUGCACCUGGAGCUUGUGAGCGAUUUAUCUACCCCAGCUUUCAUCACCGCACUUCGAAGAUUCAUCGCUCGUCGAGGUUGUCCGGCACAUAUCCAUUCCGACAACGGAAAAAACUUCGAAGGUCCUCGCAACGAACUUCGCGAACUGUACCAGCUGCUACAGGAGGAAGAGUCAUCCGGAGAAGUGGCCACCUACUGUGCGAAUCAGGGCAUCCAAUGGCACAUGACUCCUCCGAAAGCUCCGCACUUUGGUGGAUUGUGGGAGGCGGCAGUUAAGGUCGCGAAGAAACACUUGCACCGACAGUUCGGCGACUCAAGACUGUCCUUCGAAGAAAUGACAACAGCGCUAGCAGAAAUCGAGUCAUCAAUGAAUUCCCGUCCGUUGAUACCGCUCACCGAGGAUCCGAAUGACUUAGCCGUCCUCACACCGGCACACUUCCUCAUCGGGACUACGGCAACCGCUCUCCCUGAAGACGACUGUAGUCAGACUCCCAUCAACCGGCUGGAUCAUUAUCGGAGGCUACGUCAUCGCAUCCAACAGUUCUGGCAUCAAUGGCAGGUUGAGUAUCUGCAGGAGCUGCAGAAGGAAACCAAACGAAUCAUUCCGAACACAGAAAUACAACCUGGAAGAAUGGUCGUCGUCGCCGAUGAGUUUCUCGCUCCUGUGAAGUGGCCGUUGGCGAGAAUCGUCGAUGUCAUCCCUGGACUAGAUGGGCUCAUCCGAGUCGUGGAUCUACGAACCAGCAAAGGGAUAAUCCGUCGGCCAGUAACGAAAAUUUGCCUGCUACCCCUGGAAUGUCCUAAUGAAAUCUAG